AUGCGCAGGAACGGACGGCAGGAUCGUCCUUUCUCUGUGACUCUGCGUUGUGGUUCCCGGCUCCUUCCUGCUGCUCGAAUUGUUUGGUUCGGAUCCUGUUGGGCCGGGAUCAACGUUCCUGCAGCUCAGUGCCCACUUCACUCCAGCUGCACUUUUCAAAAUUCGUCGCCGUCGUUUGGACCGUCGAACCGUCGUAUAUUCGAUAUCGUCGAUAUCUCUUCCAGUCGUCGUCUCUUCUUGAUGCUGCUUCGUCGUUCAAGCUAUCCCAACGUCUGUUCACUCAUCCGCCGGUCUUUCGUGUCCUUCUCCACAAGAAACAGAAAGAACAGCCAACUGUACCAAUGUCGUCGUCGUUGCUCAAACGCUCUCCCGCUGUGGCACGAACAGUAG